CCAGCCUCCCCCUUUUUCCUCCCGUGCGCCUCGUCGUCCUCCUCUCGCUUCUCCUACCUUCCUUCUAGAAACCUCCCCUCCCCUCCCCCGAGAUCUCCCGGCGCCACACAGCUGCUCCCUCCACCCCCCACCUCGGCCUCUCCUUCCCUCUCCGUGCUUGUGCGACGAUGGAUGAGUGGGUUCGCCAAGCAGAGGCGUGGGCGGGCCAAGCAGAGCACUGGAUCCGCCAGCAACCCCCGGAGCAGAUUUACGUCGCGGUCGCCGUGAUUAUUGUAACGAUUCUGGUGCUGGUCGCAGCUUCUUGUCUGAAAUCAUCGAAACCUAACACCAUAGUUCUAUCCGGGCUUAGUGGCAGCGGCAAAACUGUUCUUUUCUAUCAGCUUCGCGAUGGAUCAUCACAUCAGGGAACCGUGACUUCGAUGACACAUAACAAUGCUACAUUUGUUCUGCACUCGGAGCUGGAAAGGAAAGGCAAAGUAAAACCUGUUCAUGUUAUCGAUGUUCCUGGUCAUGCAAGGCUGAAAUCGAAGCUUGAUGAAGUCCUGCCUCAGGCAGCUGGGAUUGUUUUUGUCGUGGAUGCUCUAGAUUUCUUGUCUAGCAUGCAAGCUGCUGCGGAGUACUUGUAUGACAUUUUGACGAAGGCAACUGUAGUGAAGAAAAGGAUUCCUGUUCUGAUAUUCUGCAACAAGACAGAUAAAGUUACAGCUCACUCAAAGGAGUUCAUCAAGAAGCAGUUGGAGAAAGAAGUAAACAAGCUCCGGGAAUCAAGGAACGCCAUAUCAUCCGCUGACAUCAGUGAUGAAGUCCAACUUGGGUUACCUGGAGAGGCAUUCAACUUCAGCCAGUGCCAGAACAAGGUGAUAGUUGAUGAAGGUGCUGGUCUGACUGGUGAUGUUUCAGCAGUUGAGCAGUUCAUCCGCGAGUAUGUGAAGCCGUAGAGUCAUCUUUCACCCCAUCGUCAUAGUAGUGACUAAUGUUUCUGCAGAAGUGUAAUCUGAGCUGUGACUAAUUUUGGCCUGACGAAAGAAGGAAAAGUGGGAAACCAUCAGCAUGAUCCCUUCCCAUUAAAUCUACUGUUGUCCUGACUUGACUUUGUGAGACAUAGCAAAUUGCAUUGGUAGCUUCCUGACGAACGUUUGAGGAUUCAGAACCUGAUCUGUUAUAGAAAUAUUGUUGAACA